AUACAGUGUCCUCUAGGGGCGGUAAUCACAGCACCAGCUCUCAGUUACCCGGAGAGUAAACACAGAAGGAGAGGCCAGGGUUUGAGUUCACAUGGUGGUGAAGUAAAGAUAAUGUCGCUGGUGUUUGGUCGGUUUGCCCUUCAGUCCUCUGGAGCUGUGUCUAAUCUGAACUCCUGCUUAUCCCGGGCUCUCUCCCUCACAGCACAGCAGAACACAGUUGUUGUGGAGAGAUGGUGGCAGGUUCCCCUGUCCAAGGAGGGCAGUCCUCCCAGACUGUAUGGCCGGCGGCAUAGAAUCUACCGCAUGGUUGAAGACACAAAACACAAAUCUCAGGAGAAAAUGGAGCUUCUGCUUACACAGACUGUGCCCAAGCUUGGUGGACGGGGGGACACAGUGACUGUGAAAAAAUCAGUCGGUCGAAACAAGCUGCUGCCACAGGGCCUGGCUGUUUAUCCAUCUCCCGAAAACAAAGAGAUGUUCAAUGAGGAGAGAAGGGCUCUGCGAGAAGGAAAACAAGAGGACCGACUCCAGACCCGGACUGGAGAGCUGACUGUGGAGUUUCUAAAGAAAGCUAAACUUGAAAUCGGAAUGCCCACCUCCAUUCAGUAUGAACUCACAAAAGAAAUAGUUUGCCGGAAUUUUUUGCGAACACUUGGUGUGGUUGUGCCAACUCAUGCUCUGACACUACCAGAAGAGCCAAUUACAGGGCUGGGAGAUUACUGGUGUGAAGUCAGGGUGAAUGGACUGGAUGCAGUACGAAUUCCGAUGUCUGUGGUGCCAUUUGUGGAGCCAAGGCAAAGGAAGCUUCUAAAGAAAAUGCAAGAAGAACAGCAAACCAACCCAGAAUAAUCAACUUGCUUAGAUUAGUUUGUUAGUGUCUGCAUGUCUGAUUUCUGUCUGUUUCAAUAAAUGUUAAUACAUGGGGUGCCGAAGUAAACAAAACU